CGUAUAUUAUAAAAAGAUCAUGUCAUGUCGUAACAUGCUAUAAUGAUGUAAUCUGCACACCAGUGCACUCCAGACAAAUUUUCCGAAGCAGAAGCUUUGUAGCCCAAACCUGUAGAGACUUCCUAUCUCCAACAACCAUGGGUCAAGUUCAUAGUGUAGCUGAGACUCAAGCUGAAGCUCAAUGUUCAACGAAGACCAUUAAAGCAUAUAGAGAGUUGUUAAUGGGUCUAAGAAUUCGCAGCAUGAUAGGGUCUUAUAUGAUGUACGACCAGUCAGACAAAUACAGUACCUUGGCGUCCUGGAUGCUCAUAGCAGCUAGUGGAAUAAUGGGCGUGGCUGCAGGAACUUUAUCCAUGUACAUCCCUGUAGGUAAGGGAAGGAUCCCUUUGAUAUCUAAGAUAGCCAUAGGGAUGAUCACUGGCUCAAGCGGCACCUUCAAAGCUGGCAGCAUGCUUCUUCAUGAAAAGUUUGAGGAGAAGCAGGAGCUCUUCAACAAGACAGGCGCCGGAUGGCAGGAACUAGAGUUGAAGAUCCGUCACUUCCUUGAUACUACUGAGGACACAGAAAACAUAGAUAAGUACGAACAAUUCACAAAGGAGUGUAUAAAACAACGGGGAGAUAUAUGCCGUCUGUCAAAACCAGAGAGGGGCAUCUACAAAAAGUUCAAUGCAGGUUCGCCUAGUGUCGUAAUGGAGCGAUAUAAGAAAAAGAGAGAUGUCGUCGCAGGUAUUCGUGUUGAACUUGAAAAGUCGGAAUCCUCCUCCGAAGAACCUGGAGAUGACUGACUUAUCUAUUUAACCUGCCACAUUUUUGCAACAAAUGCUUUCCCCGCUGUUUUUUACUACUUUAUGCUUUGAAGGCAACUGAUGUACCUACACGUCAGUAAGACAAGAGUAAAUCUCAAUCUUUUUGUUUCUUUUUUAUUCGCAUAUUAUCUGUGACGGCAUGUUGUGUGUCCUUGUAAUGUAAUGUAAUAUGUUCCAGACAUAAGAAUGAUAGAUAUUAAGGGUAAUACCUAGCCACUCUAUCCAAAUUUCUCGCCUCUUACGGCGAGCAGCAGUGUGAUGUGGUCUAAUGCUAACCCGGAAUAUUAUGAAUUUGAGUCAAAGGCUAAUAACAAACUAAAAUAGAACUGUGAGUACCAUUCUCCACAAGAUUGUAUGCCAGGGGGGUGGGGGUGGGCGGCUUCAACUUUCCAAUAUUUAACAUUCCCUUUAUGUCGAGCAAUAUUCAAUCAGUUACAGCCUUUGGUGUCUACAUUUCACACCUUUUUGAGGCCUCAUAGAACAUGCUCUUUCUACGAAGCUUUCAAAAAGCGUCAAACGACGGAAGAUAUUUCAAAACUUGACACAUCAGUGACCACAAGGAUGUCCGAUGCAAUUCACUAUAUUGACUUGUACCAUGUGUUCAAUGUAUUGUUUGUUUAUCAGAUAAACAAUUGACUUGCAUUUGCAUGUAUUUGUGACGAGUGCAAUCGGUGGGGCAGAAUAUGUUCACCUAGUAUCAGCACUAUUUGAUAGUGAUUAAUAAACUAUAAAAGUCAAAGCCAGGGAAUAAUCAGUCACGAUUAUCCGCAUAUUUCUUUGAGCACAAAAGGCAAAAUAGGGGCGAUUAAAUUAUGUGAAUAGAUCACUGAAAAUCAAU